AUGAGUCGACUGGCGCUCUCCGAUGCCGACAAAGCUGCACGUGACUGGUUCGCAGAGACCACAAAGUCGCUCGGCUGUGAGGUCACUGUUGAUGCCAUGGGAAACACAUUCGCAGUUCGACCUGGACUCAAAAAUGACAAACCACCUACAUUCGUGGGCAGUCACUUAGAUACGCAGCCUACUGGUGGACGAUACGAUGGAAUUCUGGGCGUCACUGCUGGCGUCGAGAUGCUCAGAGUGCUCGCCGACAACUGGACAGAGACCGAGUACCCUGUCGGCGUAGUCAACUGGACUAAUGAAGAAGGUGCUCGCUUCCCAAUGUCGAUGGUUUCCAGCGGAGUUUGGGCCGGUUCAAUUCCUCUUGAAACGGCACACAACCUUCGCGAAGUUCAUCCUGGAACCGCGACUAUGAAGUCUGAACUCGAGCGGAUUGGCUAUCUGGGAAGCACGCCAGCGAGCUACGAGGCCAUGCCCAUGGCUGCACACUUCGAGCUGCAUAUUGAGCAGGGUCCGCUGUUGGAAAUGGCGAACAAGAAGAUUGGAGUAGUUACUGGAGUUCAAGCCUACAAAUGGAUGACAGUCAAGGUCAAGGGACGAGAUACGCAUACCGGAACUACAGAUCUCAAAUCACGAGCUGAUGCGCUUCUGACGGCAAGCAAAAUGAUUCUGCACUCUCAUCGCCUUGCAACUGCCAACUCCGCGCUAGCAUCUACGGGUAUACUUAACCUAAAACCUGGUUCGACAAACACAGUGCCCGGUGAAGUGACAUUCAGUCUCGACAUCAGGUCACCAAACGACGAGACAGUCGCAAAGAUGAAAGAGCUAGUUCUGCGCGACUUCCCCAGGAUUGCUGCAGGUGAGGAUGUUGAAGGCUCGAACCACGGCUGCACGAGCGGUCUUCCUCUCACUGUCGAAAUAAUCGAGGACUUUGACAGCCCAGCAACCAAGUUCCACGCAGACUGCAUCACGUCCGUCAGCCAGUCUGCGCGCAGCAUUCUCGGCCCGAACCAGUCUAUGGAGAUGACUUCUGGUGCCGGACACGAUAGCGUCUAUGCAAGUAAACGCUGCCCAACGAGCAUGAUUUUCGUGCCAUGCAGAGAAGGUGUGAGCCACAACCCAAGAGAAUUUUGCAAAGAGGAGGACUGUGCACUAGGCGCGCAGGUUUUGCUACAGAGUGUGGUGAGAUUUGACAGGAUGAGAGAUGAGAGAAGGGUUUCGUGGAAGCAGGAGCCGUACACUCUAUAA